AUGAGCACCACCUCCUCGCAUAACAUGAAGUAUCGCUUCCUGGGCAACUCGGGUCUGUUGGUCUCCCGCUUGUCGUUCGGCAGUUGGGUGACCUUCGACCAGCAGCUCGGCUUCGAGAAGGCCUACACCAUCAUGGAGCACGCGUACAAGCAAGGCAUCAACUUCUUCGACAACGCUGAGGUCUACGAGAACGGUCGCUCCGAGCUCGUUAUGGGUAAGGUGGUCAAGGCUGGCAUUGAACGUGGUGCCUGGAGCCGCGAGGACCUGGUGAUCAGCACCAAGCUCUUCUUCGGCACCAAGCCGGGCCCGAACCAGGGCGGCAACAGCCACAAGCACAUUGUGGAGGGCAUGAAGGCAUCCCUCAAGCGCUUCGACCUGGACUAUGUGGAUCUCGUCUUCUGCCACCGCGCUGAUCCGUUCACCCCCAUGGAGGAAACGGUCUGUGCGAUGAACUUCGUGAUCGAACAAGGCUGGGCCUUCUACUGGGGCACUAGCGAGUGGACAGCCCAGGAAAUUAUCGAGGCCUGCGAGAUCGCAGACCGUCUUGGUCUGAUCCGUCCGGUGUUUGACCAGCCGCAGUACCAUAUUCUGGAGCGCUCGCGCGUCGAGUACGAUUUCGACGUGCUGUACAAGAAGUACGACUACGGCCUCACCACGUGGUCGCCGCUGGCAUCGGGUAUCCUGACUGGCAAGUACAGCAACGGUAUCCCGGAGGGCUCGCGCUUGUCCAUUCCGCUGUACAAGAACCUGCUCUCGAACGGGCUGGAGGAGAAGAUCGCAAAGGUGGUGAAGCUUACAGAGAUUGCCAACGAACUUGGCUGCUCCAUGGCGCAACUGGCCAUUGCCUGGGUGGCGUCCAACCCGCACGUGUCCACGGUGAUCCUUGGCGCCACGAGCAUCAAGCAACUGGACGAGAACCUCAAGGCGCUCGAGUUCGCGGACAAGAUCACGCCCGAGGUCCGCGAGAAGAUCGAUGCUAUUGCCGACUUCCGCGCCCAGCUCGUGACGGACCCGGAGCCGCACGUACUUGCGCUGCGCAAGCAGUACUUGUAG